AGAAGUCAAGAGAAGAGACUUCCUGUUCCGCUCAGAGAACCAGGUCAACCUCCAGGUAUGAAUCUGCUGUUUGCAGCAGAAACAUCAGCCUCGGCGCUGAGCGGCUGUGAGGAGGCGGAGAUAAGCCGCGUCUCCAGGGCAACCAGCAGCUGCGCCCCCACCCACAGACGCAGGAAACGUCUGACAGACGGCUCGACGCAGGUCAGAGCGCCGCGCAGACAUGGACGCUCUUCACACGCGUGGUCGCCCGCUGGCGUUCCUCUGGGCCGUCCUGCUGACGGAGAGCGCGGUGACGGCGGAGGGAGCAGAUCCUGGACAGGGAUUCGAUCUAAAGUACAUUCUGAUCGGGGGCGGGAUCGGCCUGUUCUUGGCCGCCGUGUUCCUCGCCACAAAGAUCUGCAUGAUCCAGCGGCACAUCCUGGACAUGUGCUCAGGAUGCGGCCUUCAGAAGUCUUCUGAGCUCCACAUGGGGGUGUUGAGCCACGCCAGCCAGUCGGAGCAUCCAAUGGAAAUGGCGUCCAACGUUACCUGAAGUUAAAGGUCGCAGACAUCACCUGAUUCCUGAAUGUGAAGAACUUUACACGUUAAAUAAAUAUAUGUUAC